AUGUCCCAACAACGUGAUCAGAAGCCCACGCCCUCCACGGCCGUCCAACAGAGUGACAACAUCGCGCACGCUCUGGCGGGUGCCGGAGGUGGAAUCUUGUCGAUGGUUUUAACAUACCCCCUAAUCACUUUGUCGACGAGAGCCCAGGUUGAAUCUAAGCGCGCACACUCCACCACUCUCGAUGCGGUCCGCCGCAUUGUCCAGCGAGAGGGUAUCUCUGGUCUGUACUCCGGCCUCGAGUCCGCCCUUUUUGGAAUCAGCGUCACCAACUUUGUAUACUACUACUGGUAUGAGUGGACACGGUCCACUUUUGAAAAAGCAGCCACUUCAUCUGGAAGGGCCUCCAAGAAGCUCACUACCGUCGAGUCCAUGAUCGCAGGAGCCAUUGCUGGCAGUGCGACUGUGCUGAUCACCAACCCCAUUUGGGUCAUCAAUACCCGUAUGACCGCACGCAAGUCGGAUGCAGAGGAACAGUCCCUUCCUGGGGGCCCAAAGAAGGCCAAGGCAUCAACCAUUAGCACACUGAUGGAGUUGCUGCGCCAAGAGGGCCCCAAGGCCCUGUUUGCUGGUGUUCUGCCGGCUCUCGUCCUGGUGAUCAAUCCCAUUCUUCAAUAUACUAUCUUCGAGCAGUUGAAGAAUAUUGUCGAGCGCCGUCGACGAAUGACACCGAAGGAUGCCUUCUACCUGGGUGCCCUGGGUAAGAUCCUGGCCACCAGUAUCACAUACCCAUAUAUCACAGUCAAGAGUCGCAUGCACGUGGCUACCAAGGACGGUCCCAAGGAAAGCUUGAACGGUAGCCUUAAGAGAAUUAUUCAGGAAGAGGGCUAUACUGGGCUAUACAAGGGCAUUGGCCCCAAGGUAACCCAGAGUGCCAUCACAGCUGCAUUCCUUUUCGCCUUCAAGGAUGUGUUGUACGAUAUGAUGGUCUCGAUGCGCAAGAGAGGCACUAUCCGUAAAUAG